AUGGGUCGUGACUUGCAAAAAAAGAACAACCGCUCGAAAGUGCACAAGAUUAAGAAGAAGCGCAGGGUGUUGCGUAAUGGCAACAAAAAAGUCGAUGUCUUUGGCAACACUUUUAUCGCCGAAAACUGGGAUAAAACUCAGACUUUAGUUCAAAAUUACCGCCGACUAGGCCUGACCACCCGCCUCAAUGCUCCCACCGGUGGUGUUGAGAAACCGACAGGCGUCGAUGGCGCCACAGCAGACAGAAUGACAUCUGAUUCUCUAUUUAUCACCGGCAAAGAUCGACUCGAUGCUCCCUUAGAUGCAGAGGAAAUACAGGUCGAGCGCGAUCCAGAAACGGGAAAGAUCAUACGCCUCAUUACCGACGACAAGUCAGACAAUGAAAUCGAGGUCGCCGGACGCAAAGUCAAUCGAUCCAACCCUCUAUCCGAUCCGAUUAACGACAUUGACAAUAAAAAGGGAAACACUCAGAGGAAUGUGUCUCAAUCGGAGUUUAUCAGAGGACUAGAGAUGCGUGCUUUACUAGAAGAGGAAGAUCUCGCCAAGAAGCGUCGGCCUCGCCAGCAAAGCAAGAGAGAGGAAGAAUGGAUUGAACGACUGGUUUCUCGUCAUGGUGACAAUGUCAAGGCUAUGGUUCGCGACAGAAAGCUGAAUCCUAUGCAACAAACUGAGGGGGAUAUACAAAGAAGGCUUCGUAAAUGGCAGGCAAAACAAGCUGCCUAG